ACCCUUCCUCCUCCUCCUCCUCCUCCUCCUCCUCCUCCUCCUCCUCGGCUCCGGCAGUCAGGAGCGUCACCGUCGGGCUGCUGGUCGCGUUCAGGUCUCAUCCUGCACAUUUUGAUUUUUUCUGCGCUGUUUGGAGCUGGUUAAAACCAAACAGAAGGAAGUUUCUUUCCAGUCAUGCAGAAGGUGGAGGGACGGGUAACCCCAAUCAACCUGCCUUCUUCCAGGGGCCCCAGCACCCCGGGGUCUCCCGCCACUGGCAUCACAGCCCGAGUGAACGAUCAGGUGGUGGUCUACAGAGACCUGGCAGCUCUGCCCAGAGAUAAAGCCAUCCUGCAGGUGGAGAGACCGGACCUGAUGACCUACCAACCACACCUCAGCUUCUCCUCCCUCGACCAGCCACGCAGAGAGCGAUCUCUGUCUCCUCCCCCCACAUCUCCUCCCAGAUCUCCGGAGGUGAGGGGAAAUAAAAGCAGAGCAGAAAGUGAGAGUGGGUCCCCUGGAGGAUCCACGCUGCAACUGCAGGCUGGACGCAAGAUCAGCGGCAGCCAGCAGCAUUUCCACAGACCGGAUAAUGGCGCCAACAUCUACAGGAAACCUCCCAUCUACAAACAGGAUGGUAACAAACACGUGGAAGGCGUCAUUCAGUCAGCAAAGUUUCCCGCCGCACAGCCUCCAGACCCCAACCAGCCGUCCAAGAUAGAGACCGAGUACUGGCCCUGCCCCCCCUCACUGGCCGCCAUGGAGAUCGAGUGGAGGAAGAAGAAGGUCCAGGAGGAGGAAGAUGAGUUUGAAGACCUGACAGACGAGGCCAGGACGCUGCAGGAGCAAGAGCUGGAAAAGAUCAAGUCCAACCUGGGUCGUCUCAUCCUGAAGGAGGAGAAGGAAAAGGCCAUUAACUAUCGGAGGAAGACACAGUCACUGCCCGACAGAACACACAUGCACACCAGUUUGUUAGCAAAUACAUCCAAGUCUCCGUCGCGCUCAGGGCCGGGCCUGACCAGAAUGCAGUCUGCAGAGUUUUCCACAGAGGGAGAUAAAGGACUGCCAGCUGCUCAGAACGGAGAGUCUCGGAGGGAGAGGAUGGACAGAGGGAACUCUCUGCCCAGCAUCCUGGAGCAGAAGAUUUAUCCCUAUGAAGCGCUGAUUGUGACCCACAGAGGGCGCUGUAAGCUGCCUCCAGGAGUCGACCGCACUCGGCUGGAGAGGCAUCUGGCUCCGGAGGAGUUUGAGCAGCUGUUCGGGAUGCCGAUUGCCGAGUUCGACCGCCUCUCUUUGUGGAAAAGAAAUGAACUGAAGAAGAAAGUCUCACUUUUCUAACAGGAAGUGACAUCGUUGCCCUCAAAUACUUGAUGAACCCCUUUGCUUCGCUUCGACAGGAGGAGGCGGAGAUACAGAUUCAUCACGUUAGUCCACGCAAACAUGUCCUCCAUCUAACUAACCAAUCACGGCCCCCCCUGGAUCAGGGUUUACUGAAGGCUGGCCCUGAUUAACCCUUCACUCUGACUAACCGACACUCAGACAUAUUUCCUGUGCUGCACUUAUAAUCACCACCGCUUGCAAAUCAUCCUCAUUAUGUGUCCACUAAUAUCAACCAUCAUCAUCUAGUUUGUCUCACUGAGCUCCAGAGGUCUGAAUCAGGUUAGCAGGUCUCUUCUGGUGUCAUGAAGCUGGUUCACCACGAUAACCUGUGAUGCAGAGCGAACACACUUAACGACUGACCAAUCAGAUCACUGGAAAAUGAAGGCUCGUCACAGAGAAACAGACAGGAAGAGCUCGACUUGCAGCUAACGUGCGUGCGGUUGUUUCAUUUGACUGUCUGGGGAGAAAAGCGGUCAAUCCGGCGGUUUUGCUUUGCUCCCCGCCUUCACAGGACUUUCACACCACAGACAGGCUGUUCAAGCUACACUGACUUCCAGUCAAACUGAACUUUGACCCCAGAUAUUCUGACCUCACAAACACGUGUCUGGUUUUUAAGAGCGAGGGCAGAAGUUUUUUUUAUGGAUCCCUGAAUUCGCGGUGCGUGAUGGAUACACUGCGGCGAGUCGACCACCGCGUCCCGCUGCUUUGAGCUAAAUGCUAACAUGUUCACAGUGACGGUGCUGAUGUUUAGCAGGUGUGAUGUUCACCAUGUUGGCGUGUUAGCAUGCUCACAUCAGCUGAUAAGCAGUAAACAUAUCAUACAGCUGAGGCUGAUGGGAAUGUCAUCAGGUCUGCAGGUAUUUGGUCUGUUUCCACCUUUAACUUGGACGUCCUCGUGUUUCUGCACCUCCUGCUUCCGAUUUUAUUGUUUAUAUUUCCAGGAGCUGAAACUCUUUUUUUUUUUUUUUUCCCCUCACAUCAUAUUCGAAACUUCCCUCACAGUUCUGACGAGGCUGCACGUGUUUGGCUGUAAUUAAUAUCUUUGGUUCAACGUUAACGGGACCAAUGGGAAACCAGCUUCAUGACACCAGUUGUCAGGAUCACCAAACAGAAACAGACUUCCUGAUCCAGACCUCUGCUCCAGUUUCUGCUUCAACUUGAACGACAGCGGAUCCAUGUGAGGAGCUUCUGUCGCGCAUUAAACAUGUAACUGAUUGUAAUAUUUAUUACGUGGAACCUUUUAUUUAUUUGAUGAUUGUAAUUUUUUGCCACACAUUUCUUUGCUACUGUGAACUCUUAUUUUGAAAACAUUUUUGCUGUACAGUUGUUUUGUUUUUUUAACGAGCACCCACACUGAUGACUUCCGGUCUUUAACAUUUCACCACAUACCUGAUGUUCUAGCAGCAGUUUGUACUAAUCAACAUCAUCUAUACUGGACCGCGUCUCUCUGCCGCCGUCUUCACGCUCAGUGUCCGUCUUCAUGCUUUCUUCUGGUUACACCUCCGCACCAUCCAGUCCUCAUUGUUUCUGUCGUACGAUGUUAAAUAAAUCGAGAAAAAAGAUCA